AUGAAUUCACCGAAGGUCGCUUUGAUUACCGGCGCCUCCAGAGGCCUCGGCGCAGCAAUUGCCCGAUGCCUGGCCAAGGAGGGCAUGAACAUCGUUAUCAAUUACAAUUCCGAUCCUGCUCCGGCGGAACGAUUACUUCAAGAGAUGAGAGCUUUGAAUCAGACCAAGGUGCCUGGUGCAAAUGUCUCUCACUAUGCAGCAUUCCAGGCGAAUCUGGCCGACCGAAGCGCCAUUCAGCAGCUUGUGCAGCAAACCAUUCAGGCAAUGGGCCGGUUAGACGUGGUGGUUUCCAACGUCGGCUGGACGAGAAUGACCAAUUUUAUGAAUCUGGAGGAAGCAGAUAAUGAGAUGGACUGGGAUAGAUGCUUCUCGAUGAAUGUCAAAAGUCAUUUCCAGCUUUUCCGGGUUUGUCAAGAGCAUUUAGAGCGGAGUGAGGGGGUAUUCAUUGCUACAGCGAGUGUUGCGGGGUUGAAGCCUAGUGGGAGUUCAUUGCCAUAUGCCGUGACCAAAGCGGCUCUUACCCAUCUCGUCAAGAGUUUGGCCAUCAUUGCAGCCCCGAAGAUCCGAGUCAACUCGGUCUCGCCAGGGAUUUUACUGACAGACUGGGGUCUACAAUUCCCAGAGGAGAAGCUCAACGCCGCGAAAGAAAAGAACCCGCUUAAACGAUUUGCAACUCCGGAGGACGUUGCCGAACAAGUCAAAGUAUUUGCUACUUCAAAGUCCAUGACGGGGGUAAAUGCAGUAAUAGACGCAGGCUUUUCGCUUUGA